AUGUUUUCUAAAUAUUUGUACCUCUGGGUUACGCUGAUCAUGAACACGAAUAUGAUGAAUCUUCUAAACCAUGAAGCCCAUGGAUUGGAACAGAAGCUCAUACGAAAAGCACGAAGCUUCAACUUCAUUGAGGAGUUUGCCAGAACGUCUGUGCCAGGUGUCAGUCACCGUAUUAUAACAGACGUUCAAGACGGAGGCCAUAGACUGGUUGAAAUAUCUCAAGAUUCUAGUGGUAAAGUUCUUAACUGCAAUGCCUUCGGAAGCAAGGAAUUAAUCGACACCAUGUUAAACGAGGUUCCGGACAACGCUAUCACGACCGUGACCGAGGACGAAAUGGACCAGUUUGUGGACUUGUGCCACAAUCGUGAAAUAAACGCCACAGAAGAAGCUCCCAAGUCAAUUUUUAAUAUUGUCGGUCACAUUUUACAAAGGUUCGUCAUAUAUCCAGGGACCAAGUGGUGUGGUGACGGUACCUUAGCCAAGAAUUACGAUGACCUCGGAAUGGACAGGGAAGCGGACAUGUGCUGCCGAGAUCACGAUCACUCUUCCGAUAGCAUUGGAGCUUUACAGACGAAACAUGGGCUUACAAACUCCAAGCCGUAUACCAUGACACACUGUAAGGACGACUGCAAUCUCUACAACUGCUUGCGGAAUGUCAACAGCUCCGUUUCGAAUGCAGUCGGCGUGAUCUAUUUCGACGUCCUAAAACUGAAAUGUUUCGCCUACAACUACCCACAACACUGCACCAAGCAAAACCGGUUGAAGAAAACUCCGUUUACCGAGAAAUAG